GUCUGGCAGGAGUGGUUUUCAUACCUCAGCAGCUUUGAUAGUAAAAAGACAUAAAAAGUAACUCAAGAUGAGUGAUGCAUGUAGUUUCCCUCAAGAGAAAUACCCUACAGCUGAGUCUGACGCUACGAUCGAAUCUGGCCUGUACGUGUCUGUAGAGUUAAAGGAUACUAAAACCGACCUGUUCCUCUCUAAGCAAAGACUAAUGAACGAGGCAGAACUGAGCGUUGUCAAAGAGAGUGCCGUUGUGACAAAGACUCUUCACCAUUCUCACGUCUGGGCUCCAUUAGCAGCUGCUGUCUGCAAUAAAGCCUCCUUGCUGACCAACAACAAGAAACUGGUGUAUGUUGGUUGGGAUGGAUUGGGGCAUAUGCAGAAGGAGUCUGACAGAGGAAAACUGGGACGCAUACACGUACAACAAAGAGAAGAAUUAAAUGAAUUAAAAGAUAUGCAUGUUGUACAGAAGACAUUAAAAGAAGACCAACAAGAAUUGGUGCAUCAUGCCAAGCAGUUGUUUUCCCUGCGAGACCCUGCCCCUCCUCCUCUCUCUCCAGCCUCAAGCACAGCAGCCUCUAGCAGCAACGUCCUAAUAACCUCUUCAGCCUCCUCUUGCUAUCAGUCACAGAAAUCGGUCAAGACUAAACUAUUUGUGAGCACUGUUUUCAAAGUGGCCGCGAGGAGAAGAAAGAAUGUUCUAGAUCGACUCACAACUGAACAGAUUAAGAACAUAUCAGCCAGCAGCAAGACAAGGAGAUUCUCGCACGAUUCAAGCAAUGAUAGAGAUACACCAGAGAAAUCGUCUUCAUGGGAAGCAGGUCAUCUUGGCAAUUCUGAAGAAACCGAACAUGAUAUGACUUUAUCUCUGCCCUCAGAAUUACUAGGGAUAGCUACUACCUCUAGUAAACCAGAGGUUGAAACCAUCACUGAGGAAGCAUGUGGAAGCAGCUUCAAAACUAGCUUUAUCAGUGUACACAAUGACUCUACUGUAUCAGCAACUAGUGAAGCAAUAACUAGUGAUGCCGUUGCUGAUGCAUUGGAACCAGCUCCUUUACUUUUUGCUUCUCCUCCUCCUCCAAUCACUGAUUCCUAUAGACUUAAAUCUCAUUCCUCGCCUCCACUUUUACUUAGUACCACUACCAGUAGGAGCAGCCGAGUGAUGGCUAAAAGAAUUGUGCAAGCUGAUGGAGUUCAGAGAGAAAGAAUGACAGAAACCAAAGAAGAAUCGGGAGAGAGGACAUCAAAGAGAAGGCCUUUGAGAGAAACUGAAGGAAAUGAUGAAAAGGAACAGGAAAAAGAGGAGGAGGAGGAGGAAGAAGUGAAGAGUAAGGAAACAACCAACGUCCAUGAUAACAACAAAAGAGAAGAACUAGACCUCUCUCAGUCCCAAAGCUCACUGAUACACUCAAUGAUGGCCAUUGAAGACGACUUAUCUCCUUCCUCUAGUGAGCCUGACCUUCAUACUAAAAAAUUUGUGCGAGUUAGCUCAGAAACGACUGCCUUCCACUCUAAUACAAAUUUCUUUCGUCAGUCGAUUGCUUCUCCCGAUUUCUCUGAUUCUCCCAUUCACACUUAUUUCUCUCAUCCAUUAUCAGCCAGUGAUCACUCUAUGGGCCACACUCAUAGCCACACCCAAAUUCAUGAUCCCAAUCUCGAAUCGGUUCCUGAAACAUCGGAAAAUGACGAAAAACCGAGCGGGGCUACCGCCAAGACCUCACCUUCCCUUCCACUGGAUGAUCCUCAGUUCUAUGAGUACUGUCAGCAAUUGGACCACGCCCCCACUCCAGAGGACUACGCUGCCUACAAGAUACUAAUGGUCGGGCGGUUGAUUGAUGAAAAAUACCACGACAAGUUGAACGAGGCGAUAAGCUUAAUAAUGGUCCAAGCAAUGAAAAAUAAACUAAUGUACAGUGAGUUUAAAAGAGUUUCGAGAUGGCUCUCAUUACAAGCAAAAUACGUACAGGAUCAGUCACUGCUAGUGACAUGGCUGGGGUAUAGGCUGUACGAGAAGUUACCAAAUUUGGAGAAAGUAAUUAACGAAUAUACGACCCAGGCAAUAGAGGAUGUUACACAGUUUGGAAUAGAUUGGAUUGGAGAUACUCCAUUCGACAAUCCUGAAAUACGAAUGGACUAUGACUAUGAUGGCGACAUUGAGGCUGAGCAGUUCAAAAUACACGACAGAAAGAAUGACUUUCCGCUCCGUAGAGCAGUCAGUGCAGAAGUACUAAUAGACGAAGAACAACCAGGAGAAGAAGGACAAGAAAGCAAAAGGUGGGAACUGUGGUUUCCGGGGCAACGAAGUGAGACCCCGCCCAUUUCUCGCCGAGAACACAUGUCCCCGAAUGUUGUUGAAGUAGCAUCACCUAACGAGGCAAAGAAAAUGCUCCAGGAUAACAGGAAUAACCCGUCACUGUCUCGGCCAAUGGUGUUAUCAAUUAGCUCACAAUCUUCAGUCUCAGACUCUGUAUCAAGCAGCGUAAGGACUAUUGGUAGUGCUACUGGUAAUGGUAGGAGGAACUCAUUACUGGCUAACAUUAGGGAGAGCGACUGCGAGGAGAGAGGAGAGGGAGGAGGGGCCGUAUUUUAUUACUCGUCUCCUUCGCCUCCUCUUCAGUCUAAAUCAGGAGGUAGUGAGGCAGGGCAUGAUAGCACGAAUGGAGAGAGGAAUGAUGAAGACUCAGAGGGUGGGAAAGAAGAGGAAGGAGAGGGAGAAGGGAGAAGUCGUAAAAUAUCGGGACAGGUUAUGGCGUCGGGUUUGGCACUCGUUGCAGCUGCUGCAGCACUAGCUCUUAGGAAAUAGCCCUCCAUGCACAUGUGAAUAAAUUACUAUACUUUUGAAUAGUUGACUCAUGAUGAUGAUAGCAGUUUUAUUUUAUUUAUAAUGUGUAGUGUAUUUUAAAAGUUUUUUCUUGACAAUAUCAAAACACAAAA